ACCUAACCCAAAAACAAAAGGCAGAGCAAAUAAGAUUACGCUGCCCAAAAAAAGGCUAUAGUGAAUCGCUGCGCCCCCCUACAAAGGCCAAACCAAGGAGCAACCGGCACAUCCUUACACACCCACACACCGUCUCCCGACGACCUAAAAAAAGCAGCCAAUCCCCACCGCCCAGCGCGCGCUCUCGCUUUCCGACGCGCGUACGGACGGACGGACACUCCACGCGGGCGUCGCGUCGCGUCGAACACCUCGCUCCCGACACAGCCCGCCGGUGAUGAAGCCGCCCGGCCGCCGCGGCCUCCUCUUCGCCGGCGCGUGCGCGCUGCUGCUCGCGGCGUUCUACCUGGUGGCCGCGCUCGUGACGACGCCGCUGGCGCCGUACCUGCUCCCGCCGCUGGCCCUGUCGCUGCCGUGCCUGCCGGCGGUCGCGGCGCCCUCCGGGUCCGGGUACGGCGAGCCGGGCGUGGCCGCGCUGGCCAACGCCGGCGUGGAGUACGCCACAAUGGAGACCGUGCCGCAGCAGUCGCGGGACGAGAUCUCGCUGUCUCUCGCCGUGCUCCGCCGCCGCGCACCGCUGCGGCUGCUGGUGUUCGGCCUGGGCUACGACUCCAGGCUCUGGCACGCGCUCAACCCCGGCGGCGCCACCGUCUUCCUCGAGGAGGACCCCGCGUGGUACCGCGUCGUGCGCGCGCAGUCGCCGUUCCUCCGCGCGCACCUCGUCGCCUACCGCACGCGCCUCGACCAGGCCGACAGCCUCCUCACCACCUACAAGAACCGCCCUGCCUGCCUGCCGGGCUCCAGCGGCGGCAACGGCACCCUGCGCGUACGCGGCAACUGGGCGUGCCCGCUGGCGCUGCACAACCUGCCGCCCGAGGUGUACGAGACCGAGUGGGACAUGUUCAUGAUCGACGCUCCUAAGGGGUACUUCGCGGCAGCGCCGGGGAGGAUGGCCGCGAUAUGGACAGCGGCGGCCUUGGCGCGCGCGCGCCGCGGCGAGGGGGACACCGACGUGUUCCUGCACGACGUGGACCGGAGGGUGGAGAAGACGUUCGCAGAGGAGUUCCUCUGCGACAAGUACAGAGUGGGUGGGACCGGCCGGCUGUGGCAUUUCAGGAUCCCGCCAGUUUCACGGCGCAGGGAUGCGGCGGCGGCCGCCGGUGGCCGGAGACCGUUUUGUUGAGGUGACUGGUACGUUUUCAUGUGGUGUUUCUGCAAAAAUGGCCCCUAUUUAGAUAGGGGUAUAAUAGGAAAACCGGAUGGGUAACCUCUGCCCUGCAGUUCAAAUUGGCAUUGUUCAAAUGGAGAUUUUGAACAAGGGCGGAGGAUUGGAAUCCCGAGCUAGCACUCUUAUGACUUGUUUACAUGGAGCAUCUCUGUUUUAUAAUGUGCUCGUAAGUAACAUUACAUUUUCAUUGUUGAUUAGUACACUGUUUUAUGAAAUGGAUGAAUACGCAUCAGCUCUAACAAGUUCAUGUAUCAUGUCGGAACCACUCUCCAAAUAUUCAGUAUUUUUUUUGGCAACCACAGUAGAGAUGUAA